AUGAGAGAUGAGAACUCGAAGAAAAGCAAGUUUUCGUGGCCCAAAACAUUGGUCAAGAAGUGGUUCAAUAUCAAGAGCAAAGGCGAGGACUUUCACGCAGACGAUGUCCUUUGUGGAGGUGUUGAUGAAGAGUGGAGAAGCAACUAUCCAGAGCGGGAGGCAUGCUCUCUCAAGAGAAGCAAAACAGGGAGAUCAAGCAGCAGGAGACACUCGAACAAAUUGCGGCGGGGUAAGGUUGACCUUGAUGCUUCUCAGGUUAAAGACGUGCAUAAUUAUAGGAUCUUCGUUGCUACUUGGAAUGUGGCUGGAAAAUCUCCCCCGAGCUAUUUGAAUCUUGAAGAUUGGCUCCACACCUCUCCACCUGCUGAUAUCUAUGUCCUUGGGUUUCAAGAAAUUGUACCUCUCAAUGCCGGUAAUGUUUUGGGCACUGAAGACAAUGGCCCUGCCAAAAAAUGGCUAGCUCUCAUUCGGAAAACUCUAAACAGUCUUCCUGGAACGACUGGUGGAUGCCACACUCCAUCACCAGUCCCUGAUCCACUUGUAGAGGCAGACGCUGAUUUUGAAGAAUCAAUGAGGAAGAAGGAAACCUCUUUCUUCCACCGGAGGUCCUUCCAAUCCUUAAGUCGCAGUAUGAGAAUGGACAAUGACACGUCACUGUCACAAUCACAGCUCGAUCGCCGUCUCAGUGUCUGUGAUAGAAUGAUCUUCGGUCAUAGGAGUAGCGACUAUGAACCCAAUUAUAGAUGGUGUUCCUCAGAUGAUGAAAAUGGACCUGGUGAUUCCCCUGUUAUAACCCAAUAUUCACCAAUGUCAUACAGUGCUUCCUUCUCUGCAGAGGACAGAGAUAGAUCGACAGGGAACUCACGAUACUGUUUGGUUGCCAGCAAGCAAAUGGUUGGGAUAUUUUUGACAGUUUGGGUGAAAAGUGAUAUCAGAGAUGAAGUUCACAACAUGAAAGUGUCUUGUGUUGGCAGAGGAUUGAUGGGUUAUCUUGGAAACAAGGGUUCCAUUUCGAUUAGCAUGUCUUUGCACCAAACAAGCUUUUGCUUCAUCUGUAGUCAUUUGACUUCUGGACAAAAAGAUGGUGAUGAGCUGAGGAGAAAUUCAGAUGUCCUUGAGAUUCUUAGAAAGACUAGGUUUCCCAGGGUUCACGGCGUGGGAGAUGAGAAUUCUCCUCAGACAAUUCUGGAACAUGACCGAAUAAUUUGGCUGGGGGAUUUAAAUUAUCGGAUAGCACUUUCUUACCGUGCAGCAAAAGCCCUUGUUGAGAUGCGAAAUUGGAAGGCUUUGUUAGAGAAUGACCAGUUGCGUAUAGAGCAGAGGCAUGGCCGUGUCUUUGAAGGAUGGAAUGAAGGGAAGAUAUAUUUUCCUCCCACCUACAAGUAUUCUAAUAAUUCAGACAGAUAUGCAGGUGAUGAAAGACGCUCGAAACAAAAGCGAAGAACCCCAGCAUGGUGUGAUCGUAUAUUGUGGCAUGGAAGGGGCCUCCGCCAAUUAUCCUAUGUUCGUGGAGAGUCAAGAUUCUCCGAUCAUAGACCAGUAUAUGGCAUAUUCCUGGCAGAAGUCGAGUCUAUUAACCGAAGCCGAAUCAAAAAGAGCUCCAGUUGCACUAGUGCCAGGAUUGAAGUAGAAGAGUUGUUGCCACAUUCACAUUCUUACAGCUACGCUGACUUGAAUUUCUACUGAUGAAAGUCUAUAAUUCUUCCACCGUGAGAUCAAUCUGAACACUUGAGGCAACCGAGGCGCCAUACUGUACCAUAAUAGAUGGACACUGCUGCAAGGAAUGCUGGCCACAAUGGUGAUGGAGACGUUUUAACUCACGCAGACCUAAGCAAGGCUGGUUUUGUCCAACAACCUCUGGCUCCACAUGUUUUUGCGGCUCCCAGUCUGUAACUUUAUGCACGCCCAAGUCCUAUCGUCCCUUUAUUUUUCUGGCUCAUAAACCAAAAGCAUCUCAUGAAGUUGGUAAUGUGAUUGGUGUUGAAAUGUGCUUCAACUUAUGGGAGAAUAUCUUGAGUUCUUAACUCACGGGCUGUGAAUAAGGAAUACUUUUACUCGGUGACCAUGAAGCCUCGAGAGUCUGUUACUGUUGCCACUUACUGUGCAGUGGAUUAUUCUUGAGCAUGCGGCAGAAACAUUAAAGAAUUACGAUGUGAUGGAUGCACUCAUUGCUUUUGGUAGAAAAGAGACGAAGCUUCUUUUGUUGCUGGUAGCAGUUCCAAUGAUUUCAUUGAUAAGUAAUAAAAGCUAAUGAGUAAAUGUAUUCUUUAAACUAUGUUUGUUGU